AUGCCCCGACGCCUGCCUUCUACCCCGGAAAACUCACUCCCUGAUCUCACGGAGAAGCAUGUCAACGGCCCUCUCCGAUCUCUCGCCGAUUCCUACUCCGAUUUCUCUUCGCGGUCGCAAUCCAGUCGAAUGUCCCAAUCCCAUACGUCCGGUCUCGACACUCUUGCAGAGGGGUCGCAGUAUGCAUUUGAGCAGCUGCAGCUGGCGCGACAAGCGGGCGCAGCCUCGAACCCCCCGACCGAUCCGGGUGCACGACAGUCGCAACAUCCGCAGCCUCACAACGAGCAGAAUGGGGCGCGUAUGGGUGGAAGGGGCUCUUCUCAGCCACGCGACACACUAACGGAAUCUCGUUCCACCAUUCGCAAGUCAUCGUCAGCCACUCCUGUGCGCCGGAGGAUAAGCCGGGCUUGCGAUCAGUGCAACCAGUUGCGCACCAAAUGCGACGGUCAACAACCCUGCGCACAUUGCGUUGAGUUCGGACUCAGCUGCGAAUACGCACGAGAGCGCAAGAAGCGUGGGAAGGCCUCGAAGAAAGACCUUGCAGCAGCCGCAGCAGUCAGCGCCCGCGGCGAGAAAGGCAUUACAGAUAAUGCUUCUAUGCAAGGCGACUCUCCCAACGAUCAGAUCCAGGAACCUCAUGGGUCAUACGAUCCAACCUUCGAUGCUGCUCGGAGUAUGCCAGAUACAACACCGGCCCAUUUGCGGAACAACAGUAUUCCAGGAAUCAUGAGGAUGCAACAGAACACACACUCGCAGCAGGCUUCGGGAUCAAAUAUGGAGGGUAUCCCCUUGAAUUAUGGAAACGUAUCAGAAUCAAGCCGCCCACCCAUUGUUUCUGACCUGCGCUCUGUUCAAAUGAUGCAUCAAAACGGCAACUCCCGAUCGCCGUCAGGAUUGCUCAAUCCCCAAGGAUUUGGGUCGGGCUACAAUGACGGGUCAUAUAAUCUGAUGAACUCGCAAGAUGCAAGUUCGUCCUCGAUGAACCAAUUCCGUCUCGGAGGGCCAGUCGACAACCCGCCUGCGCCGUUUCUAGGGUUCUCUCCUCCCGCCCAAUCGCCCAGCUGGCUUCCCUUGCCAUCUCCUUCGCCCGCAAAUUUCCCAUCGUUCAGCAUGGCGCCAUUUUCCAGUUCAUUAAGAUACCCCGUUUUGCAACCUGUUCUUCCCCACAUUGCAUCUAUCAUUCCGCAGUCGUUGGCUUGUGACCUUUUGGAUGUCUAUUUCGCCAGCUCUGUCUCGCACCACCUCUCGCCAUUGUCACCGUACGUUGUCGGAUUCGUAUUUCGCAAACAAUCCUUCCUACAUCCAACGAAGCCGAGAACAUGCAGUCCUGGUCUCCUGGCUAGUAUGUUGUGGGUAGGUGCACAGACGAGUGAGGCUGCUUUCCUGACAUCACCACCGUCCGCACGAGGUCGGGUAUGUCAGAAGCUGCUAGAAUUGACCGUGGGCUUGCUUCGACCUCUCAUUCAUGGGCCAGCCACCGGGGAAGCGUCCCCUAAUUACGCAGCGAAUAUGGUCAUCAAUGGAGUGGCCUUAGGAGGCUUUGGUGUCUCGAUGGAUCAAUUGGGCGCUCAGAGUAGUGCCACAGGCGCGGUUGAUGACGUCGCUACGUACGUUCAUCUAGCUACUGUAGUCUCGGCAAGUGAGUAUAAAGCAGCCAGUAUGCGCUGGUGGACUGCAGCAUGGUCACUGGCACGAGAACUCAAGCUGGGACGUGAACUGCCACCAAAUUCAGCCAACCGACAAGAUGGCGAAUUAGAGGGCGAAUCGGAGCUGGAUAUGGAUGGACGCAAAAAGCAGCAAUCGUCGCUUCUGAACCCCAUGGGCAAUGGGUCGGGUAAUUCUGGUGUCAAUUUGACAGAGGAAGAACGCGAAGAACGUCGUCGUAUCUGGUGGCUGCUAUACGUUAUGGACAGACAUCUGGCCUUAUGCUAUAACCGGCCACUCACCCUGCUCGACAAGGAAUGUGAGGGCUUGCUUCAGCCGAUGAAUGAUGACCUUUGGCAAGCGGGCGACUUUUCAGCGGCCAGUUAUCGACGUGCAGGCCCGGCAUUCGAAUGCACCAGCCACAGUACUUUUGGAUACUUCUUGCCUUUGAUGUCUAUCCUCGGGCAAAUCGUGGAUUUGCAACAUGCUCGCAACCAUCCGCGCUUCGGCCUUCAUUUCCGCAAUAGCGGUGAAUGGGAGUACCAAGCAAUGGAAAUCACUCGACAGCUGGAUGUAUAUGCCGCAAGCCUGAAGGAAUUUGAAGCCCGUUAUACUAGUUCACUGGGCCUCGGGAAUAAUGACAACGAUACUGCGAUGGAAGGAGCUCAUCUGAACCAUGUCAGUCCCUCUGGCCAUUCAAGCAGUACGAUCGGAUCCCAUGUGAGCCAAGUGCAUACCAAGAUGGUUGUUGCUUAUGGCACACAUAUCAUGCAUGUUCUCCAUAUUCUUCUGGCAGGGAAAUGGGAUCCCAUCAAUCUGCUCGAUGACAACGACCUUUGGAUCUCCUCUGAUUCUUUCAUCACUGCUAUGGGCCAUGCGGUUAAUGCUGCGGAAGCAGCAUCCCAAAUCAUGGACUAUGAUCCCGAUCUCAGUUUCAUGCCCUUCUUCUUUGGUAUAUACCUACUGCAGGGCAGCUUCUUGCUUCUCCUGACGGCGGAUAAGCUGCAAGGAGACGCCAGUCCCAGCGUUGUCAAAGCCUGUGAAACGAUUGUGCGGGCACACGAGGCCUGUGUUGUGACCUUGAACACAGAGUACCAAAGAACAUUCCGAAAGGUGAUGCGGUCCGCACUUGCUCAAGUGCGUGGACGGAUGCCCGAUGACUUUGGCGAGCAACAGCAACGCAGGCGAGAGGUCCUUGCCUUGUAUCGUUGGAGUGGCGAUGGAAGUGGUCUCGCUCUCUAG